AAUCUUUCGUUUUUUUUUUACAUUCAGCUACCUCGCUUUAAGUCUCUGAAUUUUAAAUUAAUACUGAUUUUGGUAUUUUCAGGCAACGUUAAAUGAUCCAAAAGCUUAAACGGAAUAUUUUUAAACAUUUUUACUUAUAUUAUAUUACGUUGGGGCAAUAUGUACUUAAGAGCCCAGAUAGAAUAAGGAUUCCUUCUAGUAUUUUAGCCAGUCAGGGAUAGGGUGGAGAGUUAGAAAAUUUUAAAGAUUAAUUUAAUAACUGAACGUAUAGAAAUGCAAAUGGGGGGCUAGUCGGGUAUCCGAUCAGUUAGUCCCGCUUUAAGGCGGGGGCUACUUAGAAUAAAUAAUUAGUGUCCACAGUCGAUUAUAGUUUUUUUAAACCUUUAUUAAUUACUUAUACAACAUUCGAUAUGCUUAAGCUUUUGACACAGAGUCAAAGUUUGCAUUAUUUUAUGUUUUAGAUUAGCAGAGAGUUCUUGGCGAUUAAGUUGGAGGCUGACCUCUUUUUGGGAAAAUUUCCAUCUUUUUUACUACUAGAAUUUUGGAAUAUGUUUCCCAGGAUAUGCCUGAAUUAGUGCAGUUAAAAAGCGUCAAGAACUUAGACGAUAACUUGAAAGCGCUAGUAUUACUGCACAGAAAAAACUAGGGGUUCACUCAUGUUGCGGCUCAAAUGAAAGUUAGUGUCAUUUGGAACUUGAGCUCCAAUACCUGUAGAGACCCAAAUGAGUUCGUUUAGAGCACAUUUGGAAAGAAUAGCAUCAAGGCCCAUUCACAAGCCAACCGCUUGCAAAGUCGGGUUGGGUCAAGAGCACACUAUCCAGAUUACGAAGUCCGCUGAUAGAAGACAGCCUUUCUUGGUCUGCACAACGGGAACCAGCUCAGAAAAUGAAGGGCCAUUCUUCAUUAUGGUGGGUUUAGAGCUGAUUUCGGUAUGCAGGAACUCGAUACAGGCGUUUGAUCUUCUUUUUCAGCUGCACUACUGGUUUUAUAUAGAGUAUGCCAACGAGUUGAUUCAUUUUUAUAAUUUCAUCGGUAGUUUGAUUUUAAAAUAGAAAAGCCGAAAUCGUGGUGUAUAUCGGUG